UCCAGGACCCUGAGAUCAUGACCUGAGCCACCCAGGCGCCCCUAGAAACGGGAACUUCCAUAAAGACUCUUGUGUCUGGCACAUGGUUUUUAGUCACGCUGCUACAAAGAAAGAAGUAGACCAGAAGAAGUGGUGGGCUGCAAAGCACGAUUUACGCAAAGCUCCCAGAAGAGGGAGGUGAUCCAACCAGAGUGUCUUAAGUCUAGGGGUUUUUACAGGCUUGUAGGCGACCAUUCUAAUAUGAUUACUCCUCCAUGCGCCUGUCACCCAAUCAGGUUUUUGUCCACGUGCUCUUCUACCAAUCAAGUAGUUGUUCACGUGGAAAGCGUGGAGCGCUUCUUCCAGGCUGGUGAAAGAUCCUUUCAGGGGUGAUCUUUCUUUUCUUCUUUUUCUUUUUUCUUCUUUUUACUUCUUCUUUUUGUGAGAAAUGGCUUUCAGACAAAAUCUAAAUACGAAGACAGUUGUAAAAGUGCUGACAUUAUCAAUUCCAGCCCUUGAUGUGACUGUGGCAAAGUCUAAGGCAUCUUGGCUGCUUCCAAACUUUGGCACUUAUGAAUAUAGCUACUCCAAACAGGCUUGGGCAGGUUUCUCAAUGUCCCAGGACCUCAGUUUUCAAAUCAACUAAUUUGUGUAAAUGCCAAGGAGCAACAUUGCUGGACCAUAGGUUUGUGUUCCAGCCAUCUUAAAUAUCAGGAGGUUUCUCGGCUACAUUCCAUGUUCUCUUCUCUUUGGGCAUAGAUGAACACAGUUCCCUUCAACUGGAGCCCUUCUGCCAUUUCAGCCUCACUGUUUUGUUCAGCUAACACAUCAUCAUGACUUCAUGUAUAAACCGAAGCCAAAGCUUCAGUUAGAGGAAGUUCUAACCAGAAUGUGAGUUUUUCUCGUUUUUUUCACAUUCUGGAGAUGAAAUUGCCAACUGAGUGAGCUAUUCUGUAAAAACUGAGCACAAAAUGCAUGAUGGCAAUCAACUGAAGAAAGACAGUGAAGCAGUGGAAUUGACAGACUCAAGUAAUCUGCAUCCAAGGAAGCAUUCUAUUACCAAUACUCUGAAUCGACUCUUGGUUUUAUGCAUAAUCAUAUUGCUUAUAAUUAUAGUGAUUGCAAUACUAGUGGGUUUGUUCGUAACUGGUAGAAAAUUGCAUCAGAUAUCAUCAGAGUGUCUUGAAGCUGCAUGCCCAGAAAGCUGGAUUGGUUUCCGAAGAAAGUGUUUCUAUUUUUCUGAUGACUUCAAGAAUUGGACAUUCAGCCAGAGGUUUUGUGACUCACACGGUGCUGAUCUUGUUCAAGUUGAAACCAUCCAGGAACUGAAUUUCCUACUGAGGUAUAAAGGGCCUUAUGACCACUGGAUUGGGCUCAGCAGAGAACUAGGCCAACCAUGGAAAUUGAUAAAUGGCACUGAAUGGAGCAACUGUUUUCCUAUCAGAGGAGGAGGAGAAUGUGCCUAUUUGAAUGACAAAGGUGCCAGCAGUGCUAGGCAUUACACAGAGAGGAAGUGGAUCUGUUCCAAACCAGACACGCAUGUCCAGAUGCAGAGACAAAGCUCUAUCUGAUCUUCAUAUACUCAUCGUAACCUACCAGUGAAAUUUUAUUUCUCAUUUUGCAUAUUGGAAAGAAUAUUAUUUUAUUCUUUCCAAAAUUUUUAAUGUGGUGAUUCUCUGUUACUUUGAGUUCUGGGUGGGGCACGGAGCCUACUUAAAUAAAACUAAAUCAAACCAAAGCAACACCCCCCCCC